AUGAGCAUGCUGGCCAUACCUUUGACCAGUGAACUUCGCAACAGCCACCGAGUGCGGGAUGGAGAGCGGACCCUGCUGCAGAGCAAGGGGGACUGCAUUGAAGCCACUCCUUGUUUACUUCCAACAGAAGUGCACCUCUCUGGAAAGUUCCGUGACUAUGGGGUGACGGUGCCCUGCAGCACAGAUUUUCGGGGACGCUUCCUCUCCCAUGUGGUGUCCAACCCAGCAGCAGUCUCUGCAAAAAGCACGGUGGUGGGUAGACCACCCGCACCACCAUCACACUCCAGGCACCGCCGGGUGGCUCGCAGUCCCCUGCACCCCAAUGGAGAGAGCCUGCAGCCUGGCAGGGUGGGACGCCACUCCCUCUACUUCAACGUCACUGUAUUUGGGAAGGAACUACAUCUGCACCUGCGGCCCAACCGGAGACUGGUGGUGCCGGGAGCCUCCGUGGAGUGGCAGGAGGACUUCUGGGAGCUGUCGCGGCAGCCCUUAUGGCAGGAGUGCGUCUACACCGGCGGUGUCACAGGCAUGCCGGGGGCAGCUGUUGCCAUCAGCAACUGCGAUGGAUUGGCUGGCCUGAUCCGCACAGACAGCACCGACUACUUCAUUGAGCCUCUGGAGCGGGGGCAGCAGGAGAAGGAGGCCGGCGGGAGGACACACGUGGUGUACCGCCGGGAAGCCGGCCAGCAGGAGUGGGCAGAGCCUCACGGGGACCUUCACAAUGAAGCCUUUGGCCUGAGUGACCUUCCCAACCUGCUGGGCCUGGUGAGGGACCAGCUGGGCGACACGGAGCGGAAACGGCGCCAUGCCAAGCCAGGCAGCUACAGUAUGGAGGUGCUGCUGGUGGCGGACGACUCGGUGGUGCGCUUCCACGGCAAGGAGCACGUGCAGAACUAUGUCCUCACCCUCAUGAACAUCGUAGAUGAGAUAUACCAUGAUGAGUCCCUGGGGGUCCACAUUAACAUCGCCCUUGUCCGCUUGAUUAUGGUCGGCUACCGCCAGUCCCUGAGCCUGAUUGAGCGUGGAAACCCUGCGCGAAGCCUGGAGCAGGUCUGUCGCUGGGCGCACUCCCAGCAGCGCCGGGACCCCGGCCAUGCUGAGCACCACGACCACGUCGUCUUCCUCACCCGGCAGGACUUUGGGCCCUCAGGGUAUGCGCCCGUCACCGGCAUGUGCCACCCCCUGAGAAGCUGUGCCCUCAACCAUGAAGAUGGCUUCUCCUCAGCCUUCGUGGUGGCCCACGAGACUGGCCACGUGUAAGUGGCAGCUGAUGGGCAGGCAGUGGCGCCCCUGGUGCAGGCGGCCUUUCACCGCUUCCACUGGUCCCGCUGCAGCAAGCUGGAGCUCAGCCGCUACCUCCCCUCCUACGACUGUCUUCUGGAUGACCCCUUUGAGCCAGCCUGGCCCCGGCCCCCCGAGUUGCCUGGGAUCGACUACUCAAUGGAUGAGCAGUGCCGCUUUGACUUUGGCACCGGGUACCAGACCUGCGCGGCGUUCAGGACCUUUGAGCCCUGCAGGCAGCUGUGGUGCAGCCACCCUGAUAACCCGUACUUCUGCAAGACCAAGAAGGGGCCCCCGCUGGACGGGACCGAGUGCGCGCCAGGCAAGUGGUGCUUCAAAGGUUACUGCAUCUGGAAGUCUCCGGAGCAGAUGUACGGCCAGGAUGGAGGCUGGAGCUCGUGGACCAAGUUUGGAUCAUGCUCACGGUCAUGUGGGAGUGGCGUGCAAUCCCGCAGCCGGAGCUGUGACAGCCCCCCCCCAGCCUAUGGAGGCCGCUCGUGCUCAGGGCCCAUGUUCGAGUACCAGGUCUGCAACAGUGAGGAGUGCCCGGGGCCCUAUGAGGACUUCCGUGCCCAGCAGUGUGCCAAACGCAACUCCUACUACACCCACCAGAACACCAAGCACAACUGGGUCCCCUACGAGCCUGAGGAUGAUGCCCAGAAAUGUGAGCUGAUCUGCCAGUCGGUGGACACAGGCGACGUGGUGUUCAUGAACCAGGUGGUCCAUGACGGGACACGCUGCAGCUACCGAGACCCCUACAGCCUCUGCGCCCGUGGCGAGUGCGUGCCCGUCGGCUGUGACAAGGAGGUUGGGUCAAUGAAGGCAGAUGACAAGUGUGGAGUGUGCGGUGGUGACAACUCUCACUGCAGGACCGUGAAGGGAACGCUGGGCAAGGCCUCCAAGCAGGCAGGAGCUCUCAAGCUGGUGCAGAUUCCAGCGGGCGCCAGGCACAUUCUGAUCCAGGAGCUGGAGAAGGUCCCCCACCGCAUUGCGGUGAAGAACCAGGUCACAGGCAGCUUCAUCCUCAACCCCAAGGGCAAGGACACCACGAGCCGGACCUUCCUGGCAAUGGGCCUAGAGUGGGAGUAUGUGGUGGAGGACGCCAAGGAAAGCCUCAAGACCAGUGGGCCCCUGCCCGAAGCCAUCGCUGUCCUGGUGAGCCCCUGCUGCCCACCCCUCCUGUGUCAGAAGCAAGAAUGCAGCCAGGGCAGGGACCUGCUGCCCCUUAUUGGAAGCAACAACGUGCUCCUGGAGGAGACGGACACCUACGAGUGGGCGCUCAAGAGCUGGGCCCCCUGCACUAAGGCCUGUGGAGGAGGUAUCCAGUUCACCAGAUAUGGCUGCCGGCGCCGCCGGGACCACCACAUGGUGCAGCGGCACCUGUGUGACAACAGAAAGAGGCCCAAGCCCAUCCGGCGGCGCUGCAACAAGCGCCCGUGCACCCAGCCGCCCGCGUGGGUGACAGAGGAGUGGAGCGCCUGCAGCAGGAGCUGCGGGAAGCUGGGGGUACAGACUCGGGGUGUGCAGUGCCUGCUGCCCCUAUCCAACGGCACCCGCAAGGCCAUGCCAGCUAAGGCCUGCCCCGGGGACCGGCCUGAGGGCCGGCAGCCCUGCCUCCGCGUGCCCUGUCCAGCCCAGUGGCGCACCGGAGCCUGGUCCCAGUGCUCUGCCACCUGUGGAGAGGGCAUCCAGCGGCGGCAGGUAGUGUGCCGGACCAACGCCAACGGUCUCAGGCAGUGCGAGGGGAACAAGCCGGACACCGUCCAGGUCUGCAGCCUGCCUGCAUGUGGAGGAGGUCUCCAGAACUCCACAGCAAAGGCUGACAUCAGGGAACUUGUGACCCCAAAGUGGACCCCACAGACUGGAUCCCUCCAUCCUGUUAACAAGAUAUCAUCAACGGAGCCCUGCGUGGGGGACGGGUCCAUCUUCUGCCAGAUGGAGGUGCUGGAUCACUACUGCUCCAUCCCUGGCUACCACCAGCUGUGCUGUGAGUCCUGUACCAAGAAGGACCCCAGCCUGGCGUCACCACCACCCUUCUCUACCCCUGGGAGCCCUGUCUCAAGACCGAAGACCUCUCCAGAUGCUGUGGAGCCUACUAGGGGGCCACCAGGGCCAGAUGGUCAUCAGCCUGGUCUAACCACAUGGCUUCCAGAACUUCUGGACACCAGCUCACCCGUGACCCAGCGCCACCUUGUCCCCCAGAAACUAAGCACUAGAGCAUCCUGGGGCACCUCCCCUACCACCCAGCAGGGAAGGCCUUGGGUCUGGACCGCGGCACCGAAGCCAGCCUCUGAGGAGAAAGGACAGCCCACGGAAGACCUGAAGCAUCCAGGCACCAGCCACCCCACCACCUCCCCAGUGACAUGA